ACAUUUUGUCAAUAUUAAUCUAGUUUUAAUAUUCGGGAGUGUUUAAACCUAAACUUAAUGGAUGAGGUGUUUAAUUUAAUGUAGAUCUGUACAAUUAAUGCGUUUCUUGAAAUGUCACUCUAAAUGUUUAAUUGAAUUUCAAGUUUGGUAACAAUAGAAAUUUUGUAACUGUAACGAUGUUUUACAAUAAUUGUAUCCAAAUUUACAAGCAUGUUCGCCAUGUUCAUAUAAUGUUUUAGUUGUAUGUAACAUCUUGUAUUGAGGACUUACAAGGAUGUCGCUAACGUCACAUUUAGUUACACGAGAGCUGUAUAGUUUCCUUCAGGAAUAUAGGAGAAUACCAUAGUGAUUACUGUGGAGGAACUAAUUCAGACUUUUAUCGAAUAGUCGAACAAUUAAAUCAAGAAUAUUUCGAUUGAUUCCACGGGGCAUAAGGAACAGAUUUAUUAAAGCACUGUUCAAUAUUAUGACAACUUGUUUUAAAAGAAAAGUAAGCGGUUUGGAAGUAUAAACAAGGUAUAAAGUAUGAGUGAAAAGGAUGUGAAACAAGUUCUACACAGAAGUAGAACAUCAGAUUCUAUUGUUGUAGACAAUGGAAUUAAGCCUCCAAACACUAACCAGAAGCAGCAAGUAAGAAUGAGAAAGUCGACCUCGUUAGAUUCCGGAGAAAAGGACGAGGUAACAAACUCGACAUCCGACCCGACUGGACCAUUUCAACGACGUACAUUCACUGUAGUGCGGAGAAGGACAAGUAAACGCAAAAGUAAACCGGAACCGGAAUUUGGACAUGAUACCGAAGCGUACGAGAAAAUUCGAGAACGGGUUUUACAAGAACGCGCAGUGACGAACGCUAUAGACGCUUUACAGGAACGCUGGAGAAUGAUCAUGUUGAUGUAUGGCGACUGUGUUGAUCUGAAUAAUAAAAGAAUGGAACGGAAACUAAGAAAACUCUGUGUACGGAGACAAUUUGAAAUGAUCGUUAUUGCAGCCAUAUUUUUUCUUAUAUGUUUACCGAUAAUAAUUGUUUUUAUUUUUGUUACUUUUUAUAUGUAGAGUCUAGAACGAUUCUUCGAGUAGGUUACACAUGGUCAAGUGAUGAAUUUUCACAGGAACAAUUAAACUUCAUAUUAACAUACGAUGUAAUUCAUAAUGUGAGUUAUUUAUUGCAUUUUACAAACACAAACUAUCUUGACAUGACAUUGUUUCUUGUUUACAUUCUUCAAAUUGUAUAAAAGCCAUUUACUGCUGAAUUAAAAAACAAGUAAGA